AUGAAGAUCAUUGCAUCGCUGCUCAUUGCCGUCAUCAUACCCUUGACAUCAUUUCCGGCUCCGAUCAUAGCACCCCCCGCGGCUAGUGGUGGUGGAGGUGGAGGUGGAGUUGGAGUCGGAGGUGGCGCCCGCUUUAAUGGCGGCUUUAGCGGGUCUGGCACCGGCUAUAGGGGUGGGGAUAAUACCGGCGGCGCUAAGCAGGUGGAUCCUAGUCAAUAUCCUAAGCAAAGGGGUGCAACGAGCUAUAGGGGUAAUGAGAAUCUACCCGGCAAGCCUGAUAAUGGCGGCAACGUGGGUGUGGCCAUUGUGAUACUUCCCAAGCGCCCUGCGGGAGGGACACUGCCACCAGAAUGCAAAGCGGAAGUUCACAAAUGCAUCGAUAAGUAUAUAUACGGAGGCGGUGGGGCGCCUCCACGCAAUGGGGAAUGUUGUACGAAAAUCAAAAACUCAAUACCAUGUGUUUGUAGGUUCAUUACGUCCAAGGAUCCUCUGGUAAGAAAAGCAGCGGAUGUUAUACUCCGUGGAUGCCAUUAUCGCAAACCCAUUUGUAUAAACAUGGCGAUGCCGGCGACAUGCAGACCGGAGGUUAGACAUUGCGUCAAUACGCAUCUCUACGGAUACGGCGGGCAGCCUAAGCGCGGAGGGGCUUGUUGCACGAAAUUCAAAAACGCCAAAGAUUGUGUCGUUAGAUUCCUUACCUCCCCGGAUCCUAAGCUAAGCGAAGCUGGUAAUGCUCUACUUCGAGGUUGCCGUUUUCGUAGACCCGCAAAUACCUAG